GGGCAGUAGAACCAUAGCAGAACUGCCUGGCGUCUUCAAGUAGUUGUAUAAAAUCUUCUGAAUUUAUACUUUACGAGCUUUUAUUUUCAUCAUGUUAAAAUCAAAAACCUUCGUUAAGAAGACCCGGUCAGGUGGGGUGAUGAAAGUAGUGCGUGAGCAUUACCUCAGAGAUGAUAUUUGGUGUGGAAGUGAGGUUUGCGCUGAAUGCAAACAGGAGACAACAGUACUACAGACGGACGCGUGUAUUGAAAGUAAUCUCUGCUCUUAUCCACAUUAUAUUGUCCCUGACACAAAUGUGGUUCUACAUCAGAUUGACGUGUUGGAAGAUCCAGUGAUUCGUAAUGUAAUUAUUCUUCAGACUGUACUGCAGGAGGUACGCCACCGCAGUGCACCGGUUUAUAAACGCCUGAAGGAUAUUAUACAUGAAAAAGAGAAACACUGCUACACUUUUACCAACGAACACCACAGAGAGACUUUCAUUGAGCGUGAACCAGGGGAGAGUGCCAAUGAUCGCAACGAUCGUGCAAUCCGCGUGGCAGUCAAGUGGUACAACCAUCAUCUGAAAACGCUCGAGUCGGGUCCAGAUGGUCUCAAAGUGGUCCUCCUCACCAACGAUCAAGGGAACAAGCAGAAAGCACUGGAGGACAGCUUAGUGGCUUACAGAUUUGAGGAAUACAUCAAAAGUCUUAUCGCAAACCCUGAGCUUGUGGACCGUCUUGCUUUGUCCAAUGAUGAUAAGAAUGAAAUUACAAGCAGUAAAGUGUUGUUUCCAGAACACCUUCCUCUGUCUAAGAUCCAGGCAGGAAUCAAAAGUGGCUCCUUCAUCCAGGGCUCCUUCAGAGCCAGCAGGGACAACUACCUGGAGGCCACAGUUUUUGUCCAGGGAGAGGGAGAGGACAGCACGGAGAUUCUCAUCCAGGGUCUUCAAAAUCUCAACAGAGCUGUGCACCAGGAUGUGGUUGCCGUGCAACUGUUGCCACGGAAUCAGUGGGUGUCACCUUCAUCAUUUGUGCUGCAGGAUGACGGCACAGCAAAGGACGAUAAUGUUGACGAGGAUGAAGAGGAGAAAGUGUUGAAGUUAUCAGCAGCUGAGGCAGCCAGGAAACCCACAGGUAAAGUUGUGGGAAUCAUCAAAAGGAAUUGGAGGCCAUUCUGCGGCAUGCUGAAUGUCUCCCAAAUCAAAGAGUCCACUCGCCAUCUUUUCACCCCGGCAGACCGCCGUAUCCCACGCAUUCGCAUUGAAACACGACAGGCCUCUACACUUGCAGGCCAAAGGAUCAUGGUGGCUGUUGACGGCUGGCCCAAAGACUCCAGAUAUCCAAAUGGUCACUUUGUCCGUAGUCUGGGAAAUGCAGGAGAGAAGGAAACGGAGGAGGCGGUACUGCUUCUGGAGCAUGACGUUCCACAUCAGGCCUUCUCUCAGGUUGUGCUCAGUUUCCUUCCCAAGAUGCCAUGGACCAUUACUCCAGAGGAUAUGGCGCAGAGAGAGGACCUGAGGCAUUUGGUGGUGUGCAGUGUGGAUCCCCCAGGAUGUACAGAUAUUGAUGAUGCGCUACACUGUAGAGAACUGGAAAAUGGAAACCUUGAGGUGGGUGUUCACAUCGCUGAUGUGAGUCACUUCAUCAGACCUGGCAAUGCGCUGGACAGAGAGGCUGCCAACCGCGGUACCACAGUGUAUUUGUGCGGCAAAAGGAUAGACAUGGUUCCUGAGCUGCUCAGCUCCAAUCUGUGUUCUCUACGCUCUAAUGUGGAAAGGUUUGCUUUUUCAUGUAUUUGGGAAAUGAACCACAACGCGGAAAUUUUAAAGACUCGGUUCACAAAAAGCGUGAUCAAUUCCAAGGCAUCUCUGACAUAUGCUGAGGCCCAGAUGAGGAUAGAUGACACGAGUAAGAAUGACGACAUCACUAAAAGCUUGCGUGGUCUCAACAAACUUGCCAAAAUCCUCAAGAGGCGAAGGAUUGAGAAGGGUGCACUGACACUGUCAUCCUUAGAAGUUCGGUUCCACAUGGACAGUGAAACCCACGACCCCAUAGACCUGCAAACAAAAGAACUUAUGGAGACAAACUCCAUGGUCGAAGAGUUUAUGUUGCAGGCCAAUGUUUCAGUUGCACAAAAGAUUUAUGAUGAAUUUCCAGAGUGUGCUCUGCUGAGGAAACAUCCAGCACCGCCUCCAUCCAACUAUGACAUCCUGAUCAAGGCUGGGAAGUCCAAAAAUGUGGAGAUCCACGUAGAUUCAGCCAAGACGCUCGCCGAUUCCCUCGAUGUGGCCAAAGUGGACGGCUUUACAUACUUCAACACACUUCUGCGCAUCUUGGCCACUCGCUGCAUGAUGCAAGCGGUCUAUUUUUGUUCUGGCAUGGACAGCGACUUCCACCAUUAUGGUCUCGCCUCACCCAUUUAUACACACUUCACCUCACCAAUUAGGAGAUAUGCAGAUAUAAUAGUGCAUCGCCUGCUGGCAGUGACCAUAGCUGCUGACAGCACCUACCCUGAUCUGAUGGACAAGCAUAAACAGUCAGCCCUCUGCCUCAACAUCAACUACAGACACAAAAUGGCUCAGUAUGCACAGAGAGCAUCUGUGGCUUUCCACACACAGUUGUUCUUCAAGACUCGAGGAAUACUGAACGAAGAAGGAUUUGUUCUGUUUGUGAGAAAGAAUGCAAUCAUUGUUCUCAUCCCAAAGUUUGGUCUGGAGGGAACGGUCUUCUUUGAUGCUAAAGACAAAGUUUCCCCCAACCUUGUUUUUGAUGAAGAGGGUCCAACUCUAAAGGUGGAGCAGCACACAUUCCACAUGUUUGAUAAGGUGAAGGUCACCGUGAGUCUAGAUUCCUCCAACAUUCAGCACCAGAAGAUCCGCAUGGCUCUAACAGAACCUGUGAUCCCUGGCAUUAGUGUUCCUGCUCCUGUGGCUGAACCACAAGCCAAGAUACAGAAACUGGACCGCUGACUGGAAGCAGAACCAUAAUUUACCAGAUUUUAAUGUAUCCAAACAGUUAACUGUAGCGGGUAUGCAAACCAGCUCACAACAAAGGUUCACUGUUCCCAUCUCAAGUGCAUCCCUGAUGAAAUAAUUGUAUGAUUUGAAGCAUUUCUUGGUCAAACAGACCAUAAAGAUCUUUUUGUUUUAUCAUCAUGGAUAUGCUUUUUUUAUUCCCGCUCCCUCAAAUGCAUUUUCUUGCUAAAUUACUUCUACAAGUGAACAGGAAAUUACCAGAAUAAUGAACAAACAACCCCAAACAUAACCAAAAUUAUUGUGAACUGAACCAAAAAUGUU